CAACCUUUCCUCACUUUUAUUCCCGUCUCACUCGUACAACGCCCGCGCGUGACAUCCAUGCCACACAAGCCCAUGGUGUCCUGUCGCAUCAGUCGGGAUUAAACUUAAACACCUGGCGCCUUGGCCCGCCCAUGCGCGACACCCGCCAGCCUGCAGCCGCCCACUAUGGAUGACGACGGCACCCAGCCCUCGACCAGCCCUGAUCGGCCCGCGAGCGCACGCAGCAGCGCAACACCAGGCCACGACCUGCCGCCCAGGAAAAAGCAAAAGAGAAACAAGCCCACGCUGAGCUGCGAAGAGUGCGUCGAGCGCAAGACCAAGUGCGACCGCACCCGCCCCCAUUGCCUGGCCUGCAUCAAGCGACAUUCAACAUGCAGGUACUCUGAUAUCGCGAACCUCAUUGCCUUGUCGGCAGACAAGGUUGGCGCCGCGCGUAUUCCGGGACGAUCCAGAAAACAGAGCACCAAACCCACGCUUGGCGACGAGACGCAGCCACAGCCACAUGCGCUCCCGGUUCAGUUGCCUGCUCAGGUACCACCCACGCCCAUACGGACGCAGUACCGUAGUGUAUCGUUGUCUUCGUCAGGAUCCUCGCCAUUCUUGUUGUCCAACAUACCAUACACAAAUCACACGCCUACACCCUUCUUUGGCCUUGGCUCCGAGCAUCCUUUCGCCAACUACUGGACUAGUCGAGGCGGCCUGGCCGAGGUCGUGGGCGUACUGCCAGCCAAGGAGCAAGCAGACAUCCUCGUAGACAAGUACUUCGAUGCCGUCGACCCGGUGUACCCCAUGGUCCACCGGCGGAACUUCUAUGCCGACUAUGAGCGCUUUUGGUCACUGCCGUUGGAGGAGAAGAAAGUCGCAGAUCCAGUCUUGGUAGCCCUCCACUUCGUCGUAUAUGCAAUGGGCACGCAAUUCAUCCACACGCCCUCCAACCAGGAAAAAGCACAAAUGGCCGAGUUUUACGUCUCAGCAGCCCAACAAGCACUACGGUUAUCAUCGUACCUCAGUCGGGCCUCAGUUAGGACACUGCAGGCCAUGGUGUUGAUAGCCUACUUCCUCAUGAACGAUAAUCAUGCUUCGGAUGCGUGGGCCUUUGGUGGCAUCCUCGUACGACAAGCUUACGCCAUGGGCCUACACCGCGACCCAGAUAUCAUCGCCCCUCGCUGCUCACGAAGCGACAAGCAGCAACGGCGGAAGCUGUGGCAGGCCAUAUUCUUCCAGGACACCUUCCUCACAGUCCUUCUCAAGCUGCCACCAACUACAACAUUCUCCGAUAUCGAGCCAGAGUCCCUGAGCGACGAUCUCGAUGACUAUCUCUCGAAUGGCUCAUCCACCAAUGGUACAACAGAUCCUGUCAUCAAUCCAAUGAGUAUUAGCAAUAUCGCCCAACAUGACGUCUAUCCUCAAUACGAGCUCUCAGAUCGCAGAUAUAUCCGCUCAAUGUGGCACAUGGCGAACCUCGUCUCCCGCACGGUAUGCACGCCGCGGUCUCUCGCAACACCUCUCACCACCUCCGUCGCCCACAAGCAGCAGCUCAUUGGCGACUACUUCGCUCUCCACGCCAGUUUUCCAACCUCUCUGACAACCUCAGACGAUGCCACCAUAAGAAACAUGGCGGAGACGAACCCCCGUGGACUACGUCAAAAUUUAUUUUUCCGGAGUAACUUCUGGCAUUGCGUCAUGGCCAUCCAGGCUGACGAAAACCCCAAAGAGGGCGUGCCAUGCGAUGUCAAGGGUACAUUGGAGGCGGCCAGAAUGGGACUACAGUCUUUCUUCCAUUUCUGGGAGUUCCUCAAGAUCGAUGCGAGUGUAUGGUGGGUGUUCCAGCACCGCGCUUUUGAAGAAGCACUCCUCAUGGCACGCAUUCUCGGCCAACAAGAACAGCCUCUCUCCCCCAGUCACAACGGCAUGCCGCCCUCCUCUGACCCUCUACUUCAUUUAGCCAAAGCCGAUGCGCGCAAGUGUCUUGAGAUCUUGGACCUAGUGGGCAUCGCGCCUGAAAUGCAGAAGACGAGGACUGAGGUCCUUAGAACGGCGUUUUCGGAUAUCUUGUGGUGAUGUCAAUUUAGAGCAUGAAAGAGGAACUUGAAGAACGAAAGGAGUAGUAAGAGAUUAUGAUAGGGCUAUAUUUUAUUGGCUACUUCGGAAUCUAGAUGGUGAUUCGAGAAUAUAUGUGUUAAUAGUUGUUUUUUUAUCAAAUAUUGGCGUUUUUAUGUACCAGGCUGAGACGGCCACUUCCAUUCAUCAGGCUGAAACGAUGAUGUCCAAGAAGCCUAGUUGAGGGGUCAUGUACUAGCCAAGUCCGCGUCCGAACACACGGUACAGGACUGAGACAAUUGAAGUCAAGGCCGCACACCACUGGCCCAAUGCUGUAAUGUAUGUCCAAUUGUAGUAACUAU